AUGGAUAAGUCCAGCUCUCUAGUCGAACUUGCACAAAAGAUUCUUGAAGAGGCAGAGAAAGUGGAAGCUAGUGGCAAUGGCGAGGGGUCCACUGAAGCUCUAUUUGAAGCAACGCAGGAGUUGCAAACGUCUCUACUGACAGCACCGAAGCUACUUGAACAACACCAAAUUCGCUGCCAAUGUCUCGCUGGGUUGAAAUGGCUGGCGAGAUUUGAAAUCUUCAAUCAUGUUCCCGCUGAUCUCAGUCCUAUUGCCUAUAAGGACCUCGCGGCCAAAGCGAAUGUGCCUGUCAGGCGGCUGCAGUCAGUCGUGCGGCUGGUCAUGACGGACGGGAUUUUUUUCGAACCCUCACCAACUCAAAUUGCACACACCCAGCUAUCAGCAACAUUCGCAAGGGAUAGCGCUCUUCUAGAUUGGUCUUCCUUCAUAUUGACUUACCAAGCUCCUGUGGCAUAUCAAUUUACCGAAGCAACAGCGAAAUGGCCCAACUCAGUAGACAAAAACGAGACAGCGUUCAGCCUGGCCUUUAACACCGACUCAACUUUUUUUGAGUACUUGGAAGCCCAUCCGGACAUGACCAAGGCCUUCGCAGGUUACAUGCGUGGGUUGCAACGAAGCGGAAGCGGCAAUGUCCAGCACAUUGUCGAUGGCUUCGACUGGGCCAGCCUGGGCGAAGCAAAUAUAGUCGACGUUGGCGGAUCGACUGCACACGCAUCCAUUGCACUAGCCUCCGCCUUCCCAAGCCUCCACUUCACUGUCCAGGAUCUCCCCGAGGUAGUCGAAGAAGGCAAAGCCAAACUACCCCAUCUCGCCAACGCCUCUAUAGCCUCACGCAUCAACUUCUCAGUCCACGACUUCCUUACACCCCAACAACUCCAACCCGACGGUCCCAAACCUGAUAUCUACUUCCUCCGCAGAAUCUUACACAACUGGCCCGACCACAAGGCCAGCGAAAUUCUCAACCACCUCGCCGUCGCCCUACGCGAUAGUGGUAACCCCCGCGCCCGCAUCCUUGUCAUGGAAUCGAUUUUACCUCUCCCCGGCACCCUUCCUCGCUCCAAAGAUGCCUAUUUGCGCGUGCGCGAUCUGACCAUGAACCAGCUGUUUAAUAGCAGGGAGCGCGAGUUAGAGGAGUGGAAAGACCUGUUUGCGAGUACGGAGCCGAAGUUGGAACUUAGGGCGUGGAAGGAGCCGACUGGGAGUAAUAUGGCGGUUAUGGAGGUGGCGUUGGUUUGA